AUGGGCGCAAAGCUCCACGGCCUCCGUGUUGCGGUCUGGGGUGAGGCUCCGGAGACGCCAGAGGAGCGCAAGACGAAGACACUGACAGUCUUGCGGACGUAUUGCUGCGUCGCUUUUUUCUUCAAUUACCUCGACCGCGCUGUGCUCGGGAACGCCUACGUCUCUGGGAUGAAGGAGGACGUCAAUCUCACAGGCAAUCAGUACAACAUUUUGGUCACUUGUCUUUCCGUCGGCUACAUUAUCGGACAGGUCCCUCACGGACUUGUGAUCCAGAAAGUCGCUCCCAGGAUCUGGUUUCCGCUGAUGACGGUGGUCUGGGCGCUCCUGACCAUGGCAUGCGCCGCAACUAAAAGUUUCUGCCUGGCCAUCAAACUAGGCGCCAGCCUCCCGGAACUCCCCUCAGUGCACGUCAGCCUCGGAGCCCUCUCCUGGUCCUGCAUACUCAAGACCCGAAGUUCCUCUGUCGAGGAAUACGCCAGAAGCGGAACAGCCAAACUUCUCGCCCCCGUCAACUGGCGGCCCCGCGCGUUCGCGGACCAGACGGAGGGGUUCUAUGGGAAUGGCGCCCUGAAUGUCAUCUGCGAGAUGCCGGCUUCGACCAUCCGACAGGCUGCGUCAGACUUUUACGUUCUCGGACAGAUAACGACUGGGCUCGACGAAUCAUUCUCCCACGUCGACGAGGAAUUUGUGACCAAGCGGCUUAAGCUGUUCAAGGCAGCUGAUCCAAAGGGGACGUAUAUCAAUAUGGACUUUAACGACGAGGCGCAGAUUGCAUUCAACACGUGGCGAUACUUUGUCGCGGAUACAGUAUGGGGAUUACCUGGGCUGGACGUGACUGACAGCAGCGGGAAGCCGACAUGUGUGAGGAAGUUUCAGAAGGGGAGAUCUAGCAGGAAGUCACGAAAGGAGAGGUGGAGCAGCCUCACAGGGGACUCUGCCGAUGGUGGGAUGCUCAGGACCGAAUGUAGCAGUGCCUCCUAG